GCCAAAGUAAACUCUUGUUUUUUCAUUCAGUCUGCUCUCACAUUUUGAUAUCAAAUUAUUAAUUUUAUUCGAUAUGUUUUGCAGUUUGUUUUCAUUCUAUAUCUAUAUUCUAUAACAUCAGAGGUUAACCAUGGCCAAUUCCGGAAUACCAGUUUCCGCUGAGACAAAAGCAAUAUUGGCUAAAAUGUUUCUUCUAAGAAAAAAGAAGGUUAUGCCUGCAUGUCUGUUUGCCAUUCGUCCCGAUAAAGACAACGACAAGUUAAACAUCAUUGAACCAGUUGAAGACAGCUUCAGAGAACAUGUACCGAAAAAUGCACUUGCUGUUUAUAAAGAAAAAUAUUUCAAGAAAGAUGAAUGCUGUUACAUGCUUUACUAUGCUUUAAUUGGAGUCUCUGGUAUACAAGCAAAUGAAACGCCCAUUUUAAUACAUUGGUGUCCGGAUGCUUGCAAGAUCAAACUCAAAAUGUUGUCUGCAAGUUCUUUACAUAGCAUGAAGCAGGCUGCAUCAACUGCUGAGAUUGGUGGUGUUCAGACUAUACAUUUUAGUAGUUUGGCCGAAGUUAAUGUGAAUGGUUUAUCUGGCUUGAAAUGCAUUCCUACAGGUGCACGAGUAACAUUAUUGGAUGGAAUGAGAGUAAAAAAAAAUAAAACAGGUUACUGUCCCGAGGAUGGCGAAGAAGUUGACGAUGGAAACGAGGCUUUUUGUAAGGGCAGAUAAAUAUUGUUCGUUAUACCGUUGAACAUGUACAUAUUGUCCCGUUUGUCGCACAAUUCAGAUAUAGACUAAUUUUAUUUACAGCUGUGAUGUGAAAAUUCCAAAUCGAAUUUGCGCGUGUGGGGCUGUGCUGACUACCUAUAACGAAUGUAUAAAUUGCCACUCUCACCCAUGUUGAAUGCACCUUCAACUUUUACUGAUUGUCAAUCUUUCUUUUCCCCACGAAUCAUUUGUUUCUUUUAUAAUUUACUGGGAUUGUUUAUUUGUAAAACAUGCAAUUGGGUGUUUUAAAUACUCAAUUAUGAAUAUCGCAUAUAUAUUAUCAAUUUUAGAGAUCAAUGGACAACAUUCCUAUUGUCACGCGUCUUUGAAGCCUAAUUCGUUAAAAUCAAAGUUUUGCUAAUAGUGAUAAUGUCAAUGAGUGGCCCUUUAUCUCAAAGAGGAACACCUUCCUGUAGGCAAAGUGGCAAACUGUAGCCUGAAUGACAAGCUUCAAUAUUUUAAAAAGAUUGGAAUAAAUCCCUUCAAUAUUAACGUAAUUGCCUGUUUCGUACGACACUGGCUGAUUUUCUGAUCAAGCAGAAUUUACUAUUAUGUUUAAUUUUCUUUUGAUUUAAUAUCAUUCUUUGUGAUUCGUUGUUCCUUCUUAUUUUGUUUCUUUGUAUUGUGCGAUAUGUUUUAUUUGGAUUGAACAAUAAUGUUUCAUUUUUAUUUAAGUCAGUCCUGGUGUGUAAUCCUUGUAUUUGAAAGUUGAG